UUCAUUUCAGCAAGUGCAGGUCCAUUCAACUGCUUUCGAGAAACUGAUGAAGUGUCAGAUUUCCAUGCAGAGUCGUGAAAAUUUUGAGCAUGUUGAGAAAAUUGUUGUUCCGACCUUGUCGGCUGUUGUCGUUGACUUUCUUCAUGUUCAUGAUGUUCGUUGUCAGCUGGUCAGGUUGCCGGUCAGGUGAUGGGGAUACGUAUACUUGGAGAGGGGACCCCCCCCCUUUUUUGUCAUUUUAAUCUCGCAAAAUUGGUCGGUCCCCCUAAAAAACAAAGUCAACCCUCUCUUUUAUUUGCGCUAACACUCUAUUUUCCAAAUUUCAAAAUUGUGAGAAAAUGGGACUUUCUUACUGAUACACCAGCCAUGGAAAUUUGACUCCACCAUUUUAACACUGUGGUUAUCAUCACCACAGGUAUGGAUGGUGAUGUGAGAAUGAGAGACAUCAGCGGAGGCUCAUUAAUUACAAUCAGCAACAGUCAUUUAACAGUCACAUAUUUAUUCAAGUGCGUAAUUAACUCACAGGAGCCAUCUUGACAAGCCAUGAGACUUGCCUUCCCAUAUUGCAAAUCUACAUAAGCAGACUGGUACAUUGUCCCGUUACACCAUGGGCAUGAUCAGGGCUUGGGCCUAGCUAUGUCGUCUUAAAACACAGUUUCCCCUCAUAAUUUCCCUCAAAAACAUCAACCCUACAGUUAUUUAAGCAUGAUGUCACACUCAUCUACCAAGGUGAAUUCAACAAUUAAAAUGUUGCUCUCCCUUCUGUUAAAAACAACUGGCCCAAGUCUGGGGCUAGUGUAAGUUUGGCUUUACAGUCAGUCAUGGACAGUUGAUAGCUCUGUCAUGUCUGUUUUUCAAGGAACCUAUGGUGCAGUUUUGAAAGACGUGGAGGAGUUCCAUAUCCAGCCACUAUGCACUCACCGCCAAACAUAGUUUGUACACCGUGACGAAUUUCACCUUCUCUUUGUUUGUAUUUUUCAUUGAAGACAAAUUUAUUCAGCGUGCAAAACACUGAAACUGACAUGAUUGUCGGCGGAAGAUGUGGUUUAUGAUUAGGUCAGUUUCUCCAGUUUCUGGAUUGAGAUUUAUGAUGCAGUCAACAACCCUUUCUAUUAGUAUUUCGUGCCACUUCGUUUUUUUCUCCCAUUCAAGUUAACAAGUUACAGUGCUAGCUAUUCUACUUUUAAGGUUUAAAAAAGGACUGAAGUUCUGCCUAAAGCUGUGAAGGACAUCUGGGUAAAAUUUUCUUUCCGUGAGGGUAAAAUUGCAUUUGAUCAUAGGCGUCAUACAUGCCGUACAUGUAGUUUAAAUCUAAAACGCACUAAAUUUGUUUUCACAAUCUGUUUGUUAGGGCAGUUCACAGCUAUAAUGAUUAGUCAAGAUCAGACCUCCCAAUUCCCAUCUGAUCCUGCCAGAUACUUGCAUUAAUUUUGCUGAAGCAAAUGGAGUGAUGUCAGUGAUCCGUCUCAGCUGUAGUCGAGCCAGUCUUUACGUGCCAUGGCCACCACACAGCUGGAAUGGAGACGACGUUGGAAGCCAGACCUGACGGCCCAGAUCUGGCAGCCCUUCCAGCUGAACAGGCAGAGGGCGCUCGUCAAGUGUCUGUUCCGAGAGGACCACUACGAGCUGCUGGUGUACGACAUGGUGACGAUGUGGUACGAGGAAUGCAGCCGGGCAGUCUUUGAGCAGAAGGCAAAGAAGUUGAAUCCCAACGUGGAAGCCCCCCUGGCCACCCUCCUGCAGCAUCUCAGGGAUAACCUGGCCGACCAGAGGAAGAAGUCUACCUACAGCCUGGAGCCGCCCAAAUCCCGGGACCAGAGCGGGAUGGUGCUCAGGCUGGGCACCCAGCUGACUGGAGGGGUGCCCUUCAAGUGGGAGUUUCACUGUCAGGAGGCCACGAAUGACAUGUACGCCUGUCAUCUGGCCACGCCCCUUCUUACAAUGGUCUCUGAGCUCAGCAGACGAGAGGCGGAGCUUCACAAAAUACUCAAGAAGAAAGAUGCAGAGAUAGAAGACUACAAGGCAGCAGGAGGGAAGGUCUCCAGGAAGCACCUUGAAACUACACCAUUUGAUGCCAAGGCUUUCAACAGUGACAUGAAUUUUUCCAAGGCAUUUGAAAGUCAAGUCCAGUCACUUGGAGCCUCAGCUUUUUCAGAGCCGGGCCAAGAAUUGUAUCGGCAGGUCAUGAUGACAAACGCUUGGCUGAACCGGCCUACAGAGCAAGCCAGCUCUGACGAGGAGUUCUCGGACGACAUGUCGGGUGACCCCGGCCAGACAGCGGGUGCCACCGGCCCGUCAUGGGCCCACCGGUUGCCCCCGUCGCUGGUUGCCAAUGCGCAGACUGCUGGGGCAAGCUACGCAUCACCCACCAAGUCCGUUACUCCCAAGGGGUCACCCGUGAAAGGGGCCGGGUCACCGGGGAGCUCUGCUGAGGACACUGAGUUGUUGCGGCGUCAAGCGCUUGAGAGGAGACUAGCAGAGGAGAAAGCCAAACAGCAACAACAAGUCAAGAAGAAAAAGAAAAAGAUCUUCUGAGUUGAAUUAUCCACAGGUAAUCCUUGCACAUGUAAUUUUUUUCUGAAAUACGGUGAUGGUUAGUGUUUGGUGCCUAAAUUAAAAAAAAAGAAAGCUAGAGAUUUUCCAUACAUUAACUCUACAUACAUCUCAGCAGUCAGCCCCCCAGUAAUGGUGGACAUAAUACUGGGUCAGCCAUUGUACAAAAUAUCUGGCUCUUCCUAGUCUGGGAAGACUAGUCUGGUUCCCAGACCAGAAAACACUCCAAGUGAUCUUUUGGUCUGGUGGCUGCCGUGGCCACAAGAGAAAACCGGGAGGACUUCCCUCUGUUUCCAACAUUUUCCAAAAAACAGCCAGAAGUGUCAGAACCCAUAUAGUUGAUUUUCGAAUAGAAUCGUCAGUAUUUACAACUAUUAAGCUCACAAAAUUAGCCCUUUCUUCAGAUUGGCUGUAUGACAGUGCCAGAAAACCUCCUCAAUUUCUCUUUGCAUUAUCUUGUAUGCCGAUCUUCGCUUUUGCCCUACUUCAAUUAUGCUGACUAAGAGAUGUGUGUGUGCUGGACCUACCUAUUGAAGGGGGCAAUCCUGAGUAUUACAUCAUACUCUUAUUUUUACGAUGAAAGCUACCUAUCCUCAAUAUUAUUGAAACGGCACGGCACCAGCCUACUUGAUAGCUUUUUCGUGCAUAUUGCUGCCAGCACUAGUUGGACAGAGUCCAGAGUUUAAAGAGAUCAUUGUCAGUAAACCCAUUAGCCAAGUGAGCCCAGACGUUCUUUGAGAAUUUUUUCUAGGCUUGAAGAUCAGGGUUUAAAUGAUGUGGCCCCUUGGGCAAAAAUAUUGGGAGUGUAGUGUAUGCGUACAUUCUUGAUGGUAUCCAAGUUGUACAGGGCCUGGUUCAUGGGACUUUUAGAAUAAUUAUAGACAUUCAACCUUAUGGAUAGUAAGAGAAAUGCAAUAUAGAAAUCGAAUUACCCAGCUGAAUUUAAUUAAUUAAAAAAAAGAAAGUCAAUAUCAAUGUUUACACAUUCAUUAAACUGAUGAGAUAUGGAAAAAUGUAUACUUUUCAAAGUAACCUGCACUGUUUGUUUUCCCAGAAUUUUGCAUGUAUUUUUUAAACUAUGUACAGUCCGAAUUUGAAUAUCAGUCUUGAGACAGUGUCCAUCAUUAGAAUUUGGUAGGAAUAAUAAUUACAAUUUUAAAUAAUGAAUUAGAAUUCUGUAAUUUGAUUAGAAUUGUCAUUUUGUAAUAAAUCCACACAGUGCAUUUUGCCGUGUGUGCCGACUUCA